AAGGGCUGUAUUGACGUUCUUUUUGAAUGGGUAUUUGUUCCCGCCCUUUCCCAGCAUCUCCUGACGCGCACUCGCGCAGCCCCCGUUGCUCUAGGUGAAGCUCAACUCACUCACGAGCUUCAGAAUGAAGCAGGUGUCCAACAUGGCGAACACGAGCAACGGAUCUCUCGCAACUCUCCUCAUUUUAUUCACCAUUUCGGCAGCUAUCCACACAGGAGCUGCUCAGUUUCCAGUCCAAAGCCAGAAUCUCAUAGCGGACAACAUCUCUGUAGUGGAGGGAGAGACUGCCAUCAUAAGCUGUCGAGUCAAAAACAAUGACGACUCCGUCAUUCAGCUCCUCAACCCCAACAGACAGACCAUCUACUUCAGAGAUGUCAGACCCCUGAAGGAUGCUCGAUUCCAGCUGGUCAAUUUCUCAGACAACGAGCUGCGUGUGUCGUUAUCCAACGUGUCUCUCUCAGACGAGGGAAGAUACGUGUGCCAGCUCUAUUCAGACCCUCCACAGGAAGCCUACGCCGACAUCACUGUGCUAAUCCCACCAGGAAACCCAAUCAUAGAGUCCCGGGAGGAUAUUGUCAGAGAGGGCAACGAGACAGAGAUAACCUGCACCUCCAUGGGCAGCAAACCCGCUGCAAAGAUCAGAUGGAUGAAAGGAAACAAAGAGCUGCUGGGCAAAUCAAAAGUGGAGACCACAUAUGACAGGAUGUUCACUGUGACUAGCUGGCUGAGGUUUACUGUCAUGAGAGAGGAUGAUGGAGUUCCUGUGGUGUGCAUUGUUGACCAUCCAGCUGUCAAGGACUUCCAGACGCAGAAGUACCUGGAAGUACAAUAUAAACCUGAGGUGACGAUCAAGGUGGAGCUUCCGCAGGGCCUGAUUAGAGAGGGCGAGAGUCUGGAACUGACGUGUCAGGCUAAAGGCAAACCACAGCCUCAUCAGGUGAAUUGGGUGAAGGUGGAUGAUGACGUGCCAUCUCACGCGGUUAUCAGUGGCUCAGAUCUCUACAUCGGAAACCUCAACAAGUCUUACAACGGCACUUACCGGUGUGUGGCAUCCAAUUCUGUGGGCGAAACGUACGCUGACUACAUCCUUUAUGUACGCGAUGCCCUUACCACAACCCCUAAACCCACAACCACCACCACCACCACCGCCACAACCUCCCCUCCAGACAUCACACAAGACGCUGCGCCUAGCACUGAAGCCGCAGCUCACGGUUGGUACCUCUCACUCCUACUUCUGCCAGCACAGCAUGCCAGCUGAGUACAGUACGGCACGUAUCAGCGACAUGCACGGGAUGCGGGAAUUAAACUAAUGUGGAUUUGCUGUAUAUGUGUCUGUCUGCCUGUCCAUCCAUAUGUCACAUCCUUUAUCCCUAUUGCCAUUCACCCGCAAAGACCCACCUGUUUGCCAUUACACUCCUCUACCAAACAUUCGCCUUGUAAUUCCAGGCCACGUCU